AGCAGGUCAGCCAAUGGACGCACAGCAGUCCUCGUUUAAACUGAAAAUAGAGGUCGGCUUGUCAACGUCUCCGGCGGCGCCAGUUUUGAACUGUCUGAGCUGUGCGGCUGCUUUUCUGGAUGCCGCCGGGCUUGCAGAACACGAUGACCGUCCCCUCUGCCGAGGAGCUGGACGCCUUCAAGUACAGUGACCUGCAGAAUUUAGCCAAAAGGCUGGGCCUCCGGGCUAACCUGAGGGCAGACAAAUUGUUAAGAGCCUUGAAAGCACGCCUGAAUCCCGAAACAAGGGGAGGAAAUACAAAUCAGGAUGAAAAUCCAUCUUCUGCAUUCUCCUGUGAUGAGACUGAGAUACAAAUUAAUGGUGAGGAGCAAGCUGAGAGAGUACCAAUUGGUCAUGUCACCAAAACAAGGAAGAGGAAGCGCAAGACCGUUCAUGGAAUUCCUAGCUUUCAGGAUCAUUCUGAGAUAAAAGGAAGUGAUACUGACGUAUCCCAAAAUGAAGAAAAUCAGGAAAACCAAGACCUCAGAGCUACUACAGAAGUUUCUUUUCUGCCAGACCAGAACCAAGAAGACAGGAGUACAGCUUCCUCAGGAACCAGUGAGAUAAAUGACAGUAAAGAUUUGAAGGGGCCUUUGGAAGAAAGACUGCUAAGCGUGGAAUCCAAACUGAGGAAUAAGAAAAGGACUACAGCCACUACACCAAACUUUAAGAAGCUUCAUGAGGCUCAUUUUAAGAAAAUGGAAUCCAUUGAUGAAUAUAUCGUAAGAAAAAAGAAACACCUUAAAGAAAACAAUUCACUUAAUAAACUAAAGCAGCUGGACAAAAAAGGCAUAGUGACGCCAGUUCCACCUAGAGGAAGACUCUCCGUACCAUGUACUCCUGCCAGACAGCAGCUCUCACAGGGCCAGUCAGCAACUAAGAUGAACGUCAGGUUUUCAGCCGCUACUAAAGAUAAUGAACAUAAGUACUCACUGACCAAGACUCCAGCCAGAAAGUCUCCACAUGUGACCCUGCCUGGGAGUGCUUCAAAAGCCCAGGCUGCUGUGUUUAGAACACCCGGGUUAAAGACCACUGGGAGGAAUUCUACUGCAGUUAUUACCCCAUUCAAGUUGACAACUGAAGCAACACGGACUCCAGGCUCUAGUAAGAAGCCAGGAUUUGAUCUCAAAGCAAGCUUGUCUCGCCCCCUCAACUACAAGCCACACAAAGGAAAGCUGAAACCUUGGGGGCAAUCUAAAGAGAAUAACAAUCUGAAUGAAUGUGUAAACAGAGUUAGCUUCCACAGGAAAACGUAUAAACAACCUCAUCUCCACAACAGGGAAGAGCAACGGAAGAAACAUGAGCAAGAACAAAAGGAGAGGAGAGCAAAGGUUUUGGAAGCCCGAAGAAACCUGGUUGUGACUAAAGCCCAGUGAUCCUGUCUGUUUUUGUACUCUCAACUUCUUUUCGUUUGUGGUUGCUUUCAUACUCUUCCUCUACUUUAGUCAAGCUCUUUUGUAUCAUAACUUUUGAUCGUAAUUUGUGUAGUGUUUUCUCUUCUGUGCCCUGAGACUGUAUUAUCACCUUCAAGUUCCUACCUGAAGUGGUUCUCAUACAAUGUCCAAACAAGUCUGCUUUCUAAGAGACUGUCCUAGGCUCUUAACAGGUUUUUCAUGCAAGGUCCUGCUAGUUCUAAUGGAGGUGACCUGCACCCUUUUCUGUACAAGUGCAUUUCUAUUGGCAGCCAGCCUCAGCAGAAGCUUAGUCAGCUAAAAUUCCAAGGAAAAGGCAGGCUGGAAGACAACUACUUUGUUCACUAGUCUGGAAAGUCUAAUGAUCUAUUGAAGUCUUAUUGAUUUGGUUAUGGAUCAAUAUUUUAUAAAGGUAAUCAUUUCAUGUAAUUGCCAACUGUCGCUCAUUAUAAUCUUAAGAUAGAAUUCCUCUGUUCUUUCUACUUGUUAAAUAAAAGCCACAGGGCUGAGGGUGUGCCUCUGUUGUACAACACUUGUCCUUGCCACACACCAGGCUCUGAAUUUGAUCCCUGGUACCACCAAAAAGAAAACAGAAUUGCUACUAUAAGGAUUACCAUCUUUGUCAGACUCAAAUCUUACAAGUAGGAAUCGAGUGAGUGGGGCUGCUGAGCAUAGCAGCUUGCCAUGUAGAGAUUCUGAGUUGUGUGUAAUGCUUAGGAUUUUCAUAAAUAAAAAUAUUUUCACUG